CUUUUUCACGAAAUUAUUUUUUAUAAUAGAUAUAUAACAUGGUUGAGAAGUGAGCAGUAAGAAGUAUGGGAAAGUUUGAAACGAAGCAGCAAAUAUUGGGACUUUUUGCGGGAGCUGCUGGAGUAGCAGCUUUGCUUAUUCUACUCUUAACUGUUGAGGCCCACAAGCGUGGGGCAAAAAAUGAACCGAAACCUCUCGGUCUUGAAGGAAAAAAUAUUGUAAAACGAGUUUCUGACUAUGUUCGAUCUUUAGCUAGUACAGAACCACAAGAGAAAACCAGAGUAAAAAGAAGUCUAGAUGAAUUUAAUAAAACUGCUGAGGAUAUUGAAAGAAGAAAAGAAGAAGAUAUUGAAGAAGCCUUGAUACAAGCAGACAAGGAGGGGCGUACUGUCAGUCAUCUAGGUGAAAAGGUGAAGGAGCUCGGUCCCUCGAGUUCUCUAGUUCUUCAGGUUCUAGAGCUCUACUGUGUAUCAGAGAAGUACUUUAGUACGCAGUUUCUAAACUGCACGAAUCCACCAGACUUGAAUACUAAACAGAUAAAUAUUUCUCAACACCAACCACUCAUACACAACGAGAAUAUAACACAACUCAAUUACAAGGAUUACCACACGCUGGUUGCUUGUUCUAACUCUGAACACACCCUGGUGGUGAUUAUUGUAACUACUCUUGUAAACCUGUUCCUGCUCCUUGUUGUGGUGGCUGCCGCCAGGUUGAGCUCUCACUGUAAGAAAGACAUCGCUCAGGACAAGGUUUGGUUGUGCGAGGAAGACGACAUUUCAAGUCUCAGAGAAGAACCAGUUCAUCCAGUAAGGGGCAGGAUAGUCAUAAACUCAUAAUGAACCAAUCAGAAAGCAAGAUGUAUUCAUCUUGACUCCUAUUGGUUCUGUAUAUAGUACAGGGAGUUAAAUUAACUCUAGAGACAAAAUUAAUUAGUUUAAUUCAGUUUGUUGCAACUUUCUAGAAAAGUUUUGAAUAACUAACUUUAGAAAAGAAAACUUUAUCACUCUAUGUUUUAAUGUAAUUAUGUGUUUCUAAAUAUUAUUUAUCAUAAUACAGGGCUUACAGAAAGAAUGAAAUUUCAGAGACAAUUGUUAAGAUACAUCUUACAUCUUCAUUUCGUGUUUUUUAACAUCUGUACACUAAAUACAUAGAUUAAUAUCAAUACAGAUAGAAAAUUAGUUGUCGUCUUUUCAAGAUUUAGGGGUUUUCGUUCCCAAUAACCCUGAGACAGAAGCCCAAAGGAGUUACGCGCAUGUUAUCUCUCUGUCAUGCGUGUUGCUCCUUUGGGCUUCUACCUUAGGGGUUUUGUAAACGAAAACCCCCUAAAUAUUGAAAAGACGACAUCUAGUGUUUUAUUUU